UAAGUGUAAACUACAUAACUAUUAGAAGAAGAAUACGUUUACAUACGACUCUAAGCUGACGAUUGAAUAUCAAUUCCCCAAAGGAAAAGGGGCCCACCCAACCUCAAGCCCUUAACAAUACCGCGUAUUUAUACGAAUACAACUAACAAAAAUAACAACUGCGGGGACGCUAGUUAUUCAUAAGGUGUAUAUAAAGAUUGAUGCUUCUCAUCAUUGCGCUUCACCAUCUGAGCUCAAAAAUUCACGCCCUUUUAUAUACCAUUUGCCGUUCCAGUCAAGUAUAAGCGAAUCAGCAAGACACAGACCCACCGGGAUGAUGACGACAGUAGGAAGAUGCUACACAGCGAGAAUAUCAGUCAGAUGCGCCCUCCCGACUACAAGCCGCCGGUCUCCGGUCCCGGAAAGUAUUUUACGGUCCGGACCCACGACUUCUCAGAGACGGUUUAUAUUUUCCAACCCUACGAAGUUUUCACGUAUAUCUCAAACUAGGGAGUUUUCUAAUAUCCGAAAAGACAACCCGGCAGGCAUAAAUACAACCCUACCAAGCAGCAAUCGGCAAAACCUGCAGAGUGACAUGGCACAAAACACAAACACUCACCACAUCGUUGUCGCUCUAGAAGCGUCAAUCGUUCCAGUUCCGCCUCUGGACCUCCCCGCGCCACAUACAUACGAGCUCCGGGAGUACGGAAGAACCCGCCCCGAGGAGAUAGCCGAGAGGGUAAAAGAUGCCGACAUAAUCAUCCUAAUUAUUGCUCGGAUCAACGCCGACAUCCUGCGGCCCGAGAUGACCCCUCGCCUGAAAAUGAUAUCUGUGGUAGCAUCCGGGACCGACUGCGUGGAUCUAGCAGCGUGCAGGGCCCGGGGGAUCGUCGUGGGCAACACGCCGCAUUGCAACACUGUUUCCGUCGCCGAUCAUGCCGUUGCGCUGUGCUUCGCGACGCGGAGAUCAGUAGCGCUUAUACACACGAUGGUACAGUCGGGUGAAUGGAGAAAGGAGAUGUUGCAUAAGACUCUCAAUGGUCCGGAUGGCAGGGCCCCAAGGACCUGUCGGGACGAAACCCUUGGGAUCAUUGGUUAUGGUGCCGUGGGAAAGAUACUCGAGUCUACUGCUAAAGGAUUAGGUAUGAAGGUCUUGAUAUCUGGACGCAAAGGUGAUUCGACAGCGCCGGAAGGCCGCACUCCAUUCGACACGCUGAUCCGCGAGAGCUCGGUUAUUGUGUUAUGUCUGCCGCGGUCUCCGGAUACGAUGAACCUAAUCUCCAACGCCGAACUAGACGCUAUGAAGCCCUAUGCGGUUAUAGUCAACGUUUCUCGAGGGGGUAUCGUGGAUGAGAAGGCACUCGUGGCGGCCCUGAAGUCGAGAAAAAUCGCUGGUUAUGGUACAGAUGUCUAUGAGCAGGAACCUGCAAAUCCUGAUAGCAGCCCUCUGGUGGGACCUGAUGUGGCUGGCCUUAAUAUAGUUACUACGCCGCACGUUGCUUGGUGCGCGGGCGACACUAUCGCGAAUUACAAUAGAGCGACAAAAGAAAAUAUUGCUGGAUGGCUGACUACUGGGCAGCCAAAGUAUUCGGUGGUAUAAGGAGUGUGGGUUAUUAGAUAGAUGUUUAGGAUACCAUAUUGCAUUGCAUCAUAGAUACCUAGAAUACAGAAAUAAAUGGUUAGGUGGUGUACAUAUAUACUUGUUAUAUUGGUGCAAA